AUGCAACAACUUGAACCUCAACUUGCAGAACUUUUCCGAACCCUGGUGCAACCUCACUCGCUGCUCCUUCGAGUUGCGCACUUCGAAGUCGUUCACCCCAGACCCGAUCAAGUCACUAGCGAUGAUGCCUCAAAAGACGCCACGACAUCACAGAAUCCACGUGGCUAUGCGCACAAAAUCUUGCUCACUGAUGGGUAUCUCACGGUCCAAGCCCUCCUACAUCGUCAGGUGAGCAGACUUGGAGGUGUCCCUGAUGUCGAGAUUGGAGACUUGGUAGAUAUUCGACGAUUUCAGCUCAAGAAGUCUCCUAGGACAAAUGGUCGAGGUCAGGUUGUCUACCUGGCCAUUUUUGACUGCCAAUUCAUCGCACGUUCAGAUACUACUACAGACCGUCUCCGAGAUAGCAUCUUCGAGGAGAGCCCUGCCAAUGGCCGAAAGAGGAAGUCGUCUACCAGCGACGAACCUAGAGACAGAAUGAAUUUGCCUCCACCGUCUGCUCAGCCGAUAGACAUACAGACCUUGAGGUCAUCGCCACCUAAGCGAGCUAGAUUUGCGGCAAAUGAUACUACCAGUGCCAGGGAAGAACUCAUUGCUCGGGAUUUUCCUUCCUCCAUCGAUCUUGGAGGUGCUUCAAAAGAGGCAGUAGGAAUAUUACGAGAACAGCACGUUGGAGGCGAAGUCUUGAGAUCGCGGCAUAACCUUCAUACGGAAGAGUCAACAGACCACGAAGACGAGGACACAGACUUCUUCGAAUUAAUCAAGUCCAACAGGAAAAUUAUCAAGCAACGCCGUCAGACCCUGCGUACCCUCGAUCUGACCACGUCGCCAUCUUUGCCUUCACUCCCAUCCUCUUCUGAUGACGUUUCCCCUGAAACACCUACUCGGCCUGAGUCAAAACAACUCAUUGCUGAGUCCAUUCAUACGACGAAGUCAUACAAAGAACCGCCGAAAGAAGAUCUUCAGCUUUUACCACAUCCAGCUCUACGUGAAGGGGAGCUGCUAGCCAAAGAUUCCAUAUUUUACCAAGUACGAGAUGGAACAUUUGCUCUUUCGCAGAUCCCGCCAGCACUCCCGCCACAUCACGGCGACCAAGGGCAGUCGCGACCACCACACCCCGAUCGCCAUACUCAGCACGGUUCCAAACCACAAGCUGUGUCAGCAACAGCCCAACCUACUCUCCUCCCUUCGCCACCCUUCCAUACUCUUCUCAAUCUGCGACAACCAUUGCCAGAGCAACCUAUACCGUCAAAGAACUAUAUGCUUACAACCUUGGGAGUGAUUUCAUGGGCGGGUGCGACAACGCUUCAGCGAGCUGGAUCCCCUUUUCCACCCAAGCGUCAUGUGAAGAUUACAGAUCCUAGUCUUGGCUCAUCAUGUCCUGCUUCGAGAACAAGCAACGAUCGACGAAAUGAACCAGCAAGCUCAGGUACACAGUUGAUGACGUUCAAGCCUCAAACCGCCUUUCAGGAUCUCGUUACGGUAGCUGUCUACAUUGAUGCAGCAAAAUUUAAUCCAGCUCCGGGCACCAUAGCACUGUUUCGAGGACUGGUAAUGCAGCGACUAGGCAAUGGGGAUAUCAUACUUAAUGCUUAUGGCAGACUGCGCGACCAGAGAUUCAAAGACCCCAACGGAUCGUCGGCUACAGCAGCUGCUCGGGGUGGUAUAGAGCAAGGUGAAGCUGCGCAGAGUAGUACCGACAGUGUAUUCGAUCACUGGUACAUAACAGAUCCUGAUCGUAUCAGAGCUCUAGGCUUCGGCAGCAAACUGGACUAUUACACGCAUUGGCAAGCCGAAAGGCGAAGGACUGACCAGGCCCUAUAG